AUGGCGGACAAGCCUGCAGGUAGCUCUGUGACCUUCAAUGUUAGGGCAGAGACCAGCUUCGGUGACAGACUCUUGCUCGUUGGCAGCGACGACGCUCUGGGACGGUGGAAUCUGGAUGAGUCCGUGGAGCUCACGACGACCGAGAAGGACUACCCUCUAUGGAUGUCGAAGUCGAUCGAGGUUCUGGAGCCGACGGAAUACAAGUAUGUGCGCAUGCGAGGAGAUGGUGAAGCGGUUUGGGAGUUUGAUGGUGGGAAUCGAUGCAUUUCUCCUGCGGACUUGAGCACAGCCUCUGUCGUUGUAGACGACGGCUUCUUUGGUAUCUUACUGGGAUGCAGAAGUGAGUUGAUUGGAGAGCACUUUUCCUAUCCUCAGGCGUUUUCCGAGACGACCCUCCGUGGAUCCAGCUUCAACUGUGAAGCUUCCACAGGUGCUUUGCAGCUGGUCGUGGUCGGUGAUGAUGCAGCAGCUGGUCAUGGAGCAGAUGGCUACAAUGGCUGGGCUGCGCAGCUGGGAACAUUGCUGAAUCAACAGUACGGAUAUGGCUUCAAAAAUAUGUCUGAAAUUGGAUUGACGUUGCAGGAAGCAUCGAAGAGGGGCCUUGCGAGCAUGCUUCCGAAACCACUUCCAGAGGUUGUAAUCAUUUCUUUUGGCUUAGAGCUGCGCUGGCUGGCCAAAUGCCCUGAUUGGGACAGGGAGACAAUUUAUGACAACACCAUCAAGGCCUACACUGCCUUGGCUGCAGAAGCUUGGGACCUUGCAAUCAUGCCAAUCUUUGGUGGCUUGUGCCCUCACAACGACUUCGCAAAGGUGCAGGCCGAAUUCCUCCGAAGAGCUGAUGCAGAGAUGAAGAAGCAGGGAAUUCCAGUGCUGGACUGGUUGCAUGCACUCAGCCCAGGUGGCGACAAAUUUGGGAUUUGGGCAGACAACCUUGCUUACAGCUCACUGUAUCCAAGCACUCGUGGACAUCAGAGAAUGCUGUCGUCAAUUGAUCUGAGCAUUUUUGACCCACUGAAGGUCAAAGACUUGCUCCAGAAGAGACGUGCAGAAGAGGAGGAAUUGUGGCGGCUUUGCUUCAAAGAUGGAAGGGGGCUCGAGAUCCACUACUGUUCGGCUCGGAAGGAGUUGAAGGUUGACAACCUGACGGAAGAUGAGUAUGACCUGAAUCCUGGAUGGAAUGAGAUGCAAGCGAGCCUGGCUGCUGUAUUCAGAGAGGCACCCUGGACACUGAGAAGAGGCCUCCAUGUAAGAAAGGAGGAGAGCGCAGCGGGCGCAGCUGCCUUUUCAUUGUACAUAGGUGAAUCGGGGACGAUCCAGUCCUGCGCCAAGAUUCCGGCCAAGUGCUGCGUGACAUAUGGACUCCUCGACCCGAAGUUGACCAACUUGCCCAAGGAAAGCAGCGUUCUUUUCCAUGACGACAAUCUUUUGUUGGUGAAGUCUGCGAGGGGAAACCUGCAAAUCUUCAACCGAGCAGCCUGUGAGUACAAUGUUCAUCCAAUGUGGUUUGACGUGCGGCAAGCAACGAAAUCCAUGCAGCACGGUGUCUAUGAGGAUUCCUCAGGACAGCCUUUCCGAACAGCGAUCAUAUCUUGCCAUGGCCUACAAUCUCGGGUCAAGGUUCCUGCCAGGUCUGCGGUGGAUCUCUCCAGAGUGGGUGACCUUCAAUCCAUCAAGCAGGUGGCUGUGCUGCCGCUCGGAGAUCGAUGUUCUGUUCGAAUGCUUCUGCACAAGAUUGAGUUCGAUGGACCCUGCUAUCCCUUUGAUCUCACCAGAACCACCAGCCUGGCAGAUGUUGCUGAUAUGGCAGCAACAGGGUUUGAGGACAUGUGGAAUCCGGACUACUUGUACUACGACGGCGAAGUUGGCCGAAUCUUUCACAGAAAAUGGCAUGGGCUUUCCUUUGCGCAUGAAGUUGAGUAUGAGCAGGGAGAGGAUCCGGUUGGAAACUUCGCUCCAAUCGUGGAACGGAUGAGGAAGAGAUACACUGGCAGAUCUGCCCGCUUCGAUUGGGCAUGCAAGAAUGCUGAUAGCGUCCUCUUUGUCCGUACGGGAGUCGCUUCAAGAGCAGAAGUGUGUGAUUUACUGUCAAGAAUGGAAGAGCGCUUCCCUGAACUUGUUGCCAAUCUUCUUCUGAUCUCAGAGCAAGAAACUUCUGAGUUCUCGGGCUUGGAAAAGGUCACGCACGUCCGGGAAAGCUUCGAUCCGGACAGGAUGUAUGAAGAUAUGAAUUACUGGAUCAACUGUGCCCAUCGCUUCCGCGGAAUUCUAGAACGAGUGGGCAUUAGUGCCCGAAAUCUCUACUGGUGCCCAAACGACUUGAAGGAGGCAGAGAAGGAGCGUAAAGCCUUUGAGACGAAAGAUGAUGAGAAAGAGACGAAAGAAAAGAAAGAAAAGAAAGAGAAGAAAGAAUCGCAAGAGUCAGAAGGCGGCUAUACGCCAAAUACGCCAAUGACAUCCACGUCAGAGAUUGCAAAGUUUUCCCAUGCGAACCUCUACGAGCUUCACCAGGUUCAGCAGGCCCAGGUUUGCCUUGAAGCGCCAAUUUCCAGGGAACCCAGACUUGAAGCCUCUUCCUCCGUGCUACCCGUGGUGCUGCCCGAAGCACCACCUAUGGCACCACCUGUGGCUUGA